AGGCUCCAUCAUGGAGAAGCUCAGGAUAGGCAUCGCCAUGUCCACUCGUUGGACGGACCCACCCAUGAUGCUCAUGGGAAUCAUCCCGUACGCCGGCACAAUGAUAGGAGUCACCGCGUACAAGGCGGUGCAGCUCUUCAAUUAUGCGGCGGCGUCAAACUUCUCGACGAGCAUUUUGCAAGGAGAGGAGCUGAACAAGACGGCAAUGCUCCUGGCUGGUGUGCUGGGCCCCUAUGUGAUUACCCGCUUCUUGUGGGAUGUUGUAUACCACGGGGUGGGCACAGAGAAGGGAGUGGACACGUCCAAGUUCCUGACUUUCAAGAAGGAGAGCCUGGCCAACUACUACAAGCACAGGAAGAUUCCCAUGUGUGAGCUGUAUGAGAUGUACAUCGAAGGGUUGUUCGACUGGAACGAAAGCUGCGAGGGAGGGGAUUGCUACAAGAUCUUGCAGUACCAUCGCCACGAGUUCGCUAACUACAAAGUCACUUGGCGACAGAUCUGGUGGCUCAUCUCGCAGUUCCUGCCAUGGUGGAUGACAGGGAGUGGACUGGGACGAGGAUCGUCAAGCGGCAAGUCUGUGAAGGAGACGCACAAGGAGAUCGACGAGCAUUACAACAAGGGCAACGACGUCUUCUCCUCCAUGCUGGGUCGCGCCAUGGUGUACACGUGUGGAGUGUUCCACAAGGUGCCCUCCUUCGCCUCGGACGGAUACAAUGGCGACUAUGCCAAGUCAGCAGCGGAUGGGACGCUGGAGGAAGCACAGUUCAACAAGCUCAACAUGAUCUGCGACAAGCUGAUGCUGCAGAAGGGCGAGACGCUGCUGGACAUCGGAUGCGGAUGGGGAACUCUGUGCCGCCAUGCCGUGAAGCAUUACGGGGCGAAGGCAACAGGCGUGACUCUGUCGUCGGAAGGGAAGAAGUACUGCGACUAUGCGAGCAAGGAGACUGGAGUUCCGACGGAGAUUCACUGUUGCGACUAUCGCGAGAUUCCGGGAGGACAGAAGUUUGACAAGAUCGCCUCUAUUGAGAUGGCGGAACACGUUGGCAUUGCCAACUUCGUCGAUCCAUUUUUGGUAUCUGUCAGAAAGAUGCUGGCUAAGAAGGACUCCAAGUUUCUCCUGCAGGUCUCCGGUCUUCGUCAAGGCCCAAGCUGGGAGGAUGUCGCAUGGGGUCUUUUCAUGAGCAAGUACAUCUUCCCUGGUGCUGACGCCUCCACUCCUCUCAACUGGUACGUCAAGCAGUGUGAGCUUGCAGGAUUUGAGGUGCACUCUGUUGAGACCAUCGGCCGUCACUACUCGCACACCCUCCACAAGUGGUACGACAACUGGAUGUCGCAUAAGACGGACAUCCUGCUGGGCAAGAUCGAUGCCAUCUCCGAGCACACCAAGGGCAAGCAUCUCUUCCGCCUUCAGGAGUUCUUCUUGGCCUGGUCUGUCAUUGCAGCUGGGCAGUCGAGCGCCACUUGUUAUCAGAUUCUCUGUCACCCCAACACGUACGACUACCCGAGAGACCAGUGGGUAGACCCGAGCUGCGUUUCUGGUCCGAACUUGGUUGGAGUGUCGCUCAACAACGGGAAAUCUCCGAUGCAGCAGGUCAAUGAGAAGACUAAGACGAAGGGACUCGAGGGGAUCGAGAUGAUCACUCCACCGAUCAAAUGGAACAAGUGAGAUCUCGCGUGGCUUGCAAGCGACGAAACCCCAGCCAUGUGGAUAUAAAUAAAAUGCAUAUGUGAG